CGUUGACGCUUUGUUUGCUUUGCGUUUGCGAAAACAAAAACGAGCUAUCGACAUGGCAGAUCCCAGGAUUCGGCAAAUUAAAAUAAAAACCGGCGUUGUGAAGCGCAUUGCUAAAGAGAAGGUUGUUUAUGAGAAGGAAGCUGAGCAGCAGAAGAAUAGGAUACAAAAGUUGAAAGACGAGGGCCAAGACGAACACAAUAUACGCAAGCAGGAGGAGGUCUUGCAAGAAUCCCUGAUGAUGGUUCCUGACUGCCAGAGGCGGUUAGUGAAAGCAUUCACGGACUUGAAAAAUACAUUAGAAACUGAACAAGACCUAAAAGAACACGAAGAUUACCUGGCAGCGGAGCAAGUGCUGAAAGACGCAGAGUGCCAGUUGCCAGUCAUCACCGCAUAAUCAUCACC